AUGGAGGAGUGCCUGGAUCUGGGCUUGGUGGUGGUGGUGGUCCGGGUGCUGGGUAUGGACCUGGCAUUGGAACUCAUGGUGGUUAUGGACCAGGAGGUGGUGCUGGGACCGAACUUGGUCAGGGAAGAGCCGGGGCCGGACCAGGUGGCCAUGGACCACUUGGAGCUGGUGCUGGACAGGGAACUGGAGCUAGAGGUACUGAAAAUGACUGCUUUUAAGUGUAUGCUAAGUGGUACCAUUGGAGGAGGACAAGCAGCUGGCCAGGGAAGUGUGCCAGGAGGGGGAGCAGGGACUGGACUAGGCCAGGGAGGAGUGCCUGGAUCUGUGCUUGGUGGAGGUAGAGGAGUCCCUGGUGGUUAUGGUCCUGGAGCUGGAUUUGGACCUGGUGGUGGAACUGUUGGUGGUUAUGGACCAGGAGGGGGUGCUGGAACUGGACUUGGCCAGGGAGGAGUUGGGGCCAUACCAGGUGGCUACGGGACUGGGCCUGGUGGUUAUGGACCAGGUGGAGCUGGACAGGGUGCAGCGAAGCCAAACAAAUCAGGUUAUGGCUCCUCCUCCUUGGGUGGAGCUCACUUUGGACCAGGUGGUGGAGCAGGUGGGGUACCUGGAGCUGGAGCUACCGGGCGAAGAGGAGGAGUACCAGGAGGCUACGGAGUAGGAGAAGCGGGACAAGCAGGGCAGAAAUCGAAGGCACAGAAGGCAGCCAAAUACACAGCCAUGCAAGGCUUCCUGGGAGCACGUAGCUACAGAGGGGGCGCCGACUGCCAGGGUAAAUACUGCGGACGGAGGAGGAAGUGAGAGAGCAGCAAAAAGAAGUGACCUCAUCAACAACAUUGUGUUGCUACUGCAUGAUUCCAGAAUGUACUGAUUUUCAACUACUAAUAUGUCCCUUUUUUUCUUUUAAAGUGUGAAUCUUGGACAAUGGCAAAACCAGAGCCUGUU